AUGAAAACUACCGGCCGAGGUAAGAAUAGAGGAUUGUUAAGAAGACUUUUAGUUCACUUGUCUUUAAAAAAUUGCUCAAAUGAUUGAUAUAAAUUCAGGGUUUCAUAAACGACGGUUUUUAUAAAUGAAGGGUGUUUCUGUUUCUGGGUCAGGAUCAGGAUCGGGGUGUAGGAAAGGCUUUCAAAGACCCAUUUGUGGUAGCCGGGGAGGGAUUACACAGGAGCUCAAAUGUAUUCGGUUAGGAACAGUUCGCAAGAUUGGUUUGCACCUCUUUCCUUAUAAACAUGAAGAAUUUACUGCAUUUUGCUGCAUGAAGCAUUUACACACACACUUUCUGAAUGUUAAAUCCCUUUCACAAAACCGGAUUAAAUUUCCCAAUAAACGUGGAUGGGAUCAGUUGCGACAAAGGAUGGCAGGCGUAGAAAUAAGAGUUAAAUUCUUACGCUUCGCCUUUUCAUCAAGCCUUGUUCCGAGCAACUGGAGGUUUAUUCAAAGGCCACAAAGUGCGUGGAUUUCAAUGUCAGGUACAAAAGCCUUUCUGUAAAAAGCGAAGGCUUUGCCCUUCUGCGCUCUGCCGGGUGGGUGGUCAGCGGGGCGGUUGAAAGAAUUGCCACUGAAGCCGGGGGUGGUUUUACGCAGUGUAACCUCAGGCAGCGCCCGAUUCUGGGGGAAAGUGCAGGCGAUGCAGUCCUGAGCUUUCCAUGUCGGGAGGAAGAUCUGCAAGCGUCGCAUCUGUUUAAGCCGAGCGCUUCCUUCAGAUUUGCCUCUUUGUCUUUUCCCAGGAGGAAGCCACCCCAAAGUCGGAGGAGAAAGGAGAAAAAGGACCGUUUUCACCCCUGCCCAAAUCGAGCUUUUAAAGAAGGAGUUUGAAGAGAACCAGUACCCCGGAUACGAGACCAGGGAGGCGCUGGCCAGGUGCAUCGGAAUUGAAGAAGAUCGUGUGCACGUAAGAAUCGGGAUGGUGGGGGCUCCCAAGACUUCGCUAAACCGCACAUACUGGAACAAUGAAACGCUCAGAAUAAUCCUUGCGUAGUCGCAGGCCUUAGUUCACCCUGGUGCCUCUCAGCUUUUUUGGGGGGGGAGUGUAUCGUGGAUGUAAAGGUUUUUUGUAAAGGGUGGAUGGAUUGUGCUCCCUCCUUUUCAAAUUUAGGAAGCAAUUGUGCCCAUACUUGUUCAGAAAUCCUGGUUCCUGAUGAAGGCUUCCUUUUCCUUCCCAGUAAAUUUAUGCACAGCACACAUUCAUUUAAUGCAGAUUCUGAGUUUUCUGAGAUUCUGACCCCAAACAGGGCAGAACAAAUGGGUAGGUCUUCUGAGUGAGCUAUUUAAAAUUACUAUUACUAUAUUUAUGGAAUUUUUAAAACAAUUGCCAGGCAUAAAGUGUUGCCUUCCAGCACAAAUGCCCAAAGAGAUGUUAAGUCUUGUAUGCAGCCAUCCACUUGGCAUUAACAAACGCUUGACAAUUUCUUACAUGUGAAGCUCACAUCCACAGGUUAUACUUCAAUAAAGCGAGUAUUGUGGAACUGUACACUUGUGCAGCUUUUAAAGGUGGCUUUUUCUGAUACAGCAGAACAAAAUACAGCCAAAUAGCAGUAUUUAGUCAUUCCAACUUAGAAGCUUUAUAACUUACUGUUAGUGGAGAUUAUGUACAUGGGAUAUAUGAAUGUGGAGCUGAAGAGAGUAGAAAAAUGCUGCAGAGAACUAAAGAGAAACUCUAGAGGAAUAAGCAUAAUUUAUUAAAUGUAAUUCUCUCUGUUGGAUCAAAAAGACAUAUUCAUGGUAACAAUGUCUUCUAUACUGGUUCUCUCCUUUCUUCUAUUCAGGUCUGGUUUCAAAACAGAAGGGCGAGAACGCCAAAGAGGAUAGGUUCCAGGAUGAGCAGCGGGAACCAUGCUGCAGCUCCUUAUAGCCGGAGUGAGAGAACCCGUCCAAGAAGCAGCCUGGACAGCAGCCCAAGAAGCAGUCCAGGAAACCUCCAAAAUAUUCUCAUGCAACAAUAUUACCAGCCACAGAACUUGCAUUAUGCUGAAAGCAAUAGAGGAGCAGGGUUGUGGCAGCCACCUCUCAACAACACGCAACCAGGAGAGUGUGCCCCGCAACAGCAGAGCUCCCUGGAAUUGAACCCUGCUUAUUACCAGCAAGCUGCUUUUUGUGGAACUGGGCUUUAUGAGACUUCCCAGGCGAGCAACUGCCCAGUUCCAUAUUACGGUGCGGAGAUGGUGAGGCAGCCUCCACCAUCAUCUGGUAACUUCUUCAUGGCAUCAAGCAGUUAUACUCCCUGGUCUGCAACGGGGAAUUAUUCAGCUUCAAAUCCUGGACAAAUGCAGAAUGUUGAUGGAAGUGUUUUGGACUCUCAGUUUUUCUCUUUAAGUCAGGUUCCAGAUUAG